AUGGUUGGGCUGACGGGAGGAUCGCAUCUGUAUGCGGCCGGUAUACCGGCCGCACAGGAAAUCGUCCGGGACAUGGCAGCAAUGCCAACGGCCGCACCAACCAGUGCAGACGCCUGCCUCAGCAUCGUCCACUCGCUGAUGUGCCAUCGACAGGGUGGAGAAAGUGAAGGCUUUUCCAAGCGAGCGAUCGAGUCGUUGGUAAAAAAGCUGAAGGAGAAGCGGGAUGAGCUGGAUUCGUUGAUUACUGCCAUCACUACCAACGGUGCACAUCCGAGCAAAUGCGUUACGAUACAACGUACGCUGGAUGGCCGAUUGCAGGUUGCUGGCCGGAAAGGAUUUCCACAUGUAAUUUACGCACGCAUCUGGCGCUGGCCCGAUUUACACAAGAAUGAACUGAAACAUGUUAAGUUCUGUCAGUUCGCGUUCGACUUGAAGUGUGAUUCGGUUUGUGUUAAUCCUUACCACUACGAGCGUGUCGUAUCGCCAGGUAUCGAUCUAUCGGGACUAACACUGCAGUCUGGCCCCAGCCGAUUGAUAAAGGAUGAGUACACACCGGGAUCGGUCGUCGGCGGUGGUAUGGAUAUUGACGGUAAUGAAAUCGGUACGAUUCAGCAUCAUCCCUCAAUGGUUGCAGCUGGGGCGUAUGGUGCAAUGUCAAUGCAUCCACAAGUGACCGACCCUUCCCAGCUAGGUGGCAUGUAUGGGAGCAGUAGCGGUCCAAGACCGAUACCAAAGCUAGAAUCCUCCGAGCAGUCUCGAAACAGUGCUCCUAGUAGCAGCUGGAUGAGUGGCGCUAGUAGCGUUGGGGGUCCAUCCUCUGCCGCUGCAUCUCUGUUAUCAGCAAGUGCCUCUGCCGGUAUCCAGCAGCAUGCUCGAUUAUCGGCAUCAUUAUCGCUCUCCUCCGUCAUUGGCGGACCUGGCGGGUUGACAAACAAUGGACUGAGAGCACCCCAAACUGCGCAACAGCAGCCGCAACCGCCACAACAGUCACAACAGUCUUCAUCACAAUCAAGCUCGCAGCUAACGAAUGGCGGUAACGGUGGGCUUUUGGGAAGCUCCUCGCAGGCGAGCAGUAGUGGCAGUGGCAGUGCUGGAACGUUGGUCGGGACAGACGGCAAUCAAUAUUACACCAGCACCGCCAAUGUCGAACCAUCGAUGGCAAACGAUCCGCAGACCAUGGGCCCCACUGGUAUGUCCGGUUCGCUCUCCGCAACUUCGCCCGUUUCGCCACAUCUGCAACAGAAUGGGUACGUGUCGGCCAGCAAUGGGCAGGCAGCGCAAGCCGGACCAUCCGGUGGUCAACCGCAAUCUAGCCAAACAGCAUCGCAACAGUACCAGCCGCAGCAACAACAACCACAACAGACACAGCAACAACAGCAAGGCGGGUCCGCGACAUGGUCCGGAUCGAAUACUCUCAAUUAUACGCAGUCGAUACAACCUCCGGCACAUAUUGGAAACUCACACCAGCAGCAAACAUCGCAACAGCAGCAGCAACAACAGCAAUCGCCAUACUGGCCGCAUGGUUCCAGCGGUUCUACCGGAACGGUGGGUUCGGGAGCUGGUUCAAGUGUUGGCAACGCCACCAGCGGUCAGAUGGCGGAACUGCCCGGUCAGCAGCGAUUGUUAUCCCGACAGCCAGCACCCGAGUACUGGUGCUCGGUAGCCUACUUCGAGCUUGAUACCCAAGUAGGAGAAAUGUUUAAAGUACCAUCGAACCGGCCGAACGUCACGAUCGAUGGGUAUGUUGACCCAUCCGGUGGUAAUCGGUUUUGUCUCGGCGCUCUUAGCAACGUGCAUCGAACGGAACAAAGCGAGAAAGCUAGGCUACAUAUUGGCAAAGGUGUACAGCUGGAUCUGCGGGGUGAAGGAGACGUCUGGUUGCGAUGUCUCAGUGACCAUUCAGUAUUUGUUCAGAGUUACUACCUCGAUCGGGAAGCAGGACGUACACCGGGCGAUGCCGUACACAAGAUAUACCCUGGAGCGUGUAUAAAGGUAUUCGACUUGCGGCAGUGUCAUUUGCAGAUGCAGAGUCUCGCAAACAAUGCCCAAAAAGCAGCACACAUGCAAGCCGCGGUUGUUGCGGGUGUGUCAGCUGUUGGAGCUACAAGAAGUCUUUCUGCUGCCGCUGGAAUCGGUGUCGACGAUUUACGACGCCUCUGCAUCUUACGACUUUCCUUCGUGAAGGGUUGGGGACCGGAUUACCCACGGCAAUCCAUCAAAGAGACUCCAUGCUGGGUCGAAGUGCAUUUGCAUCGCGCUUUGCAAUUACUAGAUGAGGUGUUACAUCAGAUGCCUAUCGACGGACCUCGGAACAUUGAGUAG